GUCAUGCUUCUGCCUUCCGCCAUGUUCUGCUUUCUUUAGCGGUGCAGUGAGCGCAGUCUCGUGGAAGGUCCAGGGUCAGACUCGGACUCGGACUCAUUGGGCGUAUGUAUAAAACGUCCCCUCACGGAUUAUCCGUUCUCAUCCUCAUCCCAUACACACACCUUCUCCCUCACCCUCAUCAUCUCACUUUCACCACACAACCGCACACCAAUCCUCUAGACCAUGUCCGUCGAAGCACUCAACAACAUUUCGAAGGAUAUGACAGGCGAAGAGGUCCAGGCGCUCGUGCUGCAAGCCAAAGGCGCGUCCGUGCCUACCACCAUCACACCAGGCGCUCGGUCUGUCGCGUACGACGCGUUCCAGGCGCCGAUUAUGCCGUCUACGAAUGGGUUUGACUUCCAUAUCUAUCACAUGCAAAACAUCGCAUCGGACGCAAAGUUUGCUAAAGAGCUGCAUGAGAAGAUUAUAAAGGAGUUUCCCGAGCUUCGUACUUACCCGUUCUGGGACAAACCCGUGGGUCCACACCCCACCGCCAUGUUUGAAGUGGACACGUUCAACCCGCACCAGACCGGCGCGUUAUUCUCUUGGCUCGUCGUUAACCGCGGACCGUGCUCCGUCCUCGUGCACCCCAACACAGGCAACCCCCUCAAAGACCACACCGAGCUGGCGACCUGGAUCGGGAAGCAGUGGCCGUUGGAUGCGGAGAUGUUGAAGUCUAUCUCUCCUUGAAUGGAAACUGAGCGAUGAUCAUGUUAAAUGGAUGGUGAAGAGGCUAGGGUGUACGAUGGCUAUUUGGAGGGAGGUGGAGGUGGAGGUGCCGUAUUGUUUGUUUGUUUGUAUAUAGCCUCUAAAGCCUGCAUUGUGCUUUUGAAUCGAUCAUGAUGCAUGAUGGAUCGAU